AUGGGUUGUUCGAACGGGACGGCGGCGACCACUACGGAAGAAAUCCGGAUAAGGGAGAAAGAGUGCAGCGUUGACGACGCAUCUGCAGCUUCGACUGCCUCUACACUGAAUUGCCGCUCCGAGGGGAGUGUCAAAAAGAAGAGUGGGCACAGCUUCAACAAAAUGCGAAAGCUCAACCCGGCCACAGAGGACGUCUUGAAGCGACUGGUCUCACCGGAGAUCGACGAAGCCCUGUUUAACCUGAACGGCCUCGAGAAGCCCAUCGGGGUGGAAGGUGCGAAGCCCAUGCCACCGGACCGUAAGUUGCAUGAUCUGCACGUGAAGAAGUUGGAGACGUACAUGAAGGAAGUCGAGCUCCUGCCUCGCACCCUGCUGGCCUCAGUGAAGCGCAAGCGCGCCGAAGCCAAGCAAAAGCUGAACAGGAUGCGUGGCGAGCCCUUCCUUCGCGACAUGGAGGCCGGAGGCGGCGGUGACGGUGGCUGUGAGCAGUCAUCUGUGUGCAGUCAGUCCACCAGCCGACCGCCGAGCCAACGGAGCGAGUUCAGCCUGAGGAUACUCAGCCCAGCGAGCGGACACAACAGCUCCUUCAGUCUACAGCCAGAGGAGAGCGGUGUCAGUCCUUGGGGCAAGACUUCCGAGAGCGAGCCCGUGAUCGUAUACACUCAGAAAAGCGAAGCCAAAAAAGGACGUCAUUCCCGAAUGAGAGUCCUUCUAUGA